UGUCUUAAUGUUUCUGUCAUGGAUCAAGUCAAAUCUUAGGAAAGAACUCAGUGUAGGUGUCGAAAGGUCCCUGUGCAGUGUCCCAGAUGGAGUUGUACCUGGAAAUGAAGGCGUUAUCAGAAAUCCAGCUCAUUCAGGGCAAAGCUACAACCACAAUGAAAUGUGUUCGUGGUCCAUUCGAGUUGCCAUUGGUGAACGUAUUCUUCUGGAGUUCUUGGAGUUUGACUUGGAGAAUGACACAAAGUGCCAAAGUGAUCAUCUGACAGUGUAUGUGGAUGAAGACAGUCGAAUAGGGCGGUUCUGUGGCGGUCAACCACCCUCUCCAAUUCUUAUUGGUGCUUCCCAUAGUGUCACAGUACAGUUUGUAUCAGAUGUAAGCAACACAGGUGCAGGAUUUGCCAUCCAGUUCAGUGGUGUUGGCAAGGAUUUCGGUUUUGGAGCUGAAUGUGGAACAGAGGUGCUGUUAGAGCCCAAUGGGGCUGUGCGGAGCCCCGCCUACCCAAAUGCCUACAGGAACAACAGCCUUUGCCACUGGGUCAUCUAUGCCCCAGAAGGGCACAUAGUCAAGCUUGACUUUGAUGACUUUGACCUUGAGGAGUCAGAAAACUGCCAAUAUGAUUCACUCACAGUGUUCGGAGACAUCGAUGGCAUGGAUGAAAUAGUGGUUGUAUGUGGCAGGAGCAUUCCUCCGGCUGUUCUCAGCUACGGCUCCAUAAUGCAUCUGCAGUUCAGCACAGAUAACACCAUCUCCGCCCACGGCUUUAUCGCCACUCUGUCUUUUAUCAACGAAAAAGAUCUCCAAAAGACAGCAUAUCAAGAUCAGGAGGAGGAAGCAGAUUAUGACAGCAGAGUGAUCUCGCCACAUUUGGAGGCUGCUCCGUGUGGAAUGCCUGAUACCUUUUCUGGCUCUGGAAUGGACAACCUGAGGAGAGAAGAGGAUGAUGGGAAACUGCCAUGGCUGUGGCACGUGAGCGUUGGUCUGGGUGCAGGCCAUGACUGCAGCGGGGUGAUCAUCCAGUCACAAUGGAUCCUUACUGAUGCGCACUGUGUUUAUGACCUGAAAGAAAGACUUCCAAGAAUUGUAUCAGUGACGACAGAGGGCUCGAAGAAACAGACCCGUGAUGUGAUCAGAGUACACGUAAACCCUUAUUACAACCCAUCCUCUCUCGAAUUUAAUGUGGCUUUGCUUCAGUUGAGCUCUCCGAUAAAUCUCAGUGAAAGCACGCAGCCUGUCUGUCUACCCUCAGCUGGACAGGACAUCUCACCCUCCCUCCGCUGCUGGACCAGCCAAACGUCAGGACAUGGGCAGCACAGACCUGUAUGGCUAAAAAUAUCGUUGCUGGAACGAGCGGUGUGCGAACAACAACACGGAACUAGAUUGACACCUACUUUGUUAUGUGCUGGACUGAGCACUGGAGAAUCAUGCAUGACUCAUUGGAACGGUGGACCUCUCGUCUGUCAGACAAACACAUCUGGGGUUGUUCUGAUGGGAGUGAAGAGUUGGGGAGGACCUUGUGCUGGGAUCCAGAAGCCUGCAUCUAACUGCCUUGGCCUUAUGUGCUGUACUUGAGGAGAUUCCUUGACCCAUCCCGCUGAAUAUGACAUCAGGCAGUGGGGUGAUCCCACACCAUUCACAGACACACAUGAAGAA